AUGGCAACGAUAAAAUCAUCAGAAUCUAUUCCCGAGAAUGUAACCGCUCCUCAAACAUCAGUUAUUACUAAUUUAAGAAUUCAAAAAGAACGGGCACAAUUAGCACGCUCAAAACCAACAUAUAUUCAUGAUAUAAUCAGUCACAAUGAUAAUCAAAAACAAUGGGAUAUAAUGCUUUUGCCGCCUCGACCACCAUAUAAUAAUGGAAUGUUUCGAUUACGUAUAACUUUCCCGAGCGAUUAUCCAUUCAAACCACCGCAUCUAUGCUUUAUCACACCAAUUUAUCAUCCAAAUAUCGAUGAAAAAGGACAAAUGUGUUUAGCAAUUUUACAAUAUGAUAAUUGGAAACCGGGAACAAACAUUGAGAAUAUAAUACAAUCUUUGAUUUUUCUGCUCAACGAUCCAGAACCUGAACGUCCACUUCGUCAUCGAAUUGCUGAACAAAUUUAUAAGGAUAAGCAAAAAUUCUUAAGUAUGGCUGCUGAACAUACUAAGAGACAUGCUGAGAAAAAGCCAUGA